AGUGUUAUCACUUUUUAUUUCAGAUAAGUAAAGAUGGCAACAGACGACACCACCACUCCUUUGUUAAACCCUUCAGCUAGAGGAGCAAAUCGUUUCAAGAUUUCAAAAUGGACGCCGAUUGAAAUCUUAGUCGUGCUAUAUUUUUUUGCCUCAAGUUGUCUUUUGCCAGUGCAGCAAUAUUAUGCUAUAACAGUGAUAGCUGAAAAACAUAAUGUUUCCAAUUUUAUAAACCACGAAGAGAAAAGUUGUCACAGUCCUAGUUCUAAUUCGUCAAAUAAUCAGAAAAUUGUAGUUGAUAAAAUAGAAGAGGAAUCUUCGCAAUUUUUAAUGUACAUUGGAUUUUGUGGUACUAUUUUAUCGGUAAUUCCAAUUCUAUGUUUAGGAUCGAUUUCGGAUCGACUAGGGAGAAAAUUCGUAUUGUGCUUCUGUUUAGGUGGUUUAUUACUAAAAGAGAUAGUUUACCUUGUAGUAAUACAUUUUCAUUUAUCUUUAUACAUUUUGUAUCUCGCACAAGGGAUUGAAGGCCUAACUGGUGGCUUUGGAGGCAUGAUGAUGGCUCUUUUUGGAAUGACUGCCGAUGUCACGGAACCUGGUAAAAAUAGGGCAUUUAGGUUGUCUGUCGUAGAAGGUACUGCAUCAAUCACAUAUUCACUCGCAACUCUUGGAAUGGGAUACUGGAUAAAAUACGGAGAUUUCUACUUUCCAAUGAUAUUCAUUAGUGUUAUGACUAUACUAACCAUAGUAUUUUGUGUUUUAUUUAUUCCAGAAACGUCACCGAUGCAGGGUCGCAAUGAAACCUUCAGUCUUGUAUAUUUCUUCAAAUGCUUCCGUUUUUAUGUUUUACCUAGUCCGGAAGGAAGACGUUGGAAGUUAACAGCUUCAUUAUUUAUCCUGGCCCUCUCCGGUGCUGCUAUAUUGGGGAGAUCUAGUACGCUAACACUAUAUCUACUUAAAUCACCAAUAUGUUGGAAUGAGGUGAAAGUUCAAAUCUUUACGUCAGUUCAGACAUUCGCGAACUGGGUUGCAGCUAUGGUUGUAGUUCGUAUUUUACACGUAUUCACUCAAGAUUAUGUAAUUUUAGUGAUUGGAGCUCUCUCCGCAGCAUCCGCCAGUCUCCUCCUUGCAUUUGCGACUAAAGAUUCGCUUGUUUAUUUGUUUGUUAUUGUUGGUAUAUGUUCAGCAGCCGUAUUUCCGACGGUCAGAGCUAUGAUGUCACGACAGUGUACAGCAGCCGAACAAGGGUCGUUAUUUGCCAGUGUUGCUAGUGUAGAGUUACUGUUCACAGCCUUUGCACAAUUAACGUAUGGCGGAGUUUACAAAGCGUCGGUAUCAUUUUAUCCUGGGUUGGUGUUCCUUAUAAUGGGAGGAGUUCUAUUCAUAGUUUUAAUCAUCUCUUUGUAAGUAUUGCUAAACCAG